UGUAACGUUAUUAGGGAGAGCCCAAAAUAUGUUCCCUGAAGUGUUCUUCAUGUCACUCGCAUUCUUCCUCUAUCGCCUCGUCCUAGGGAAGCUCAGGACCGCGAGAGUCCUCCACCGGAGCGGAAGUAACGUCGUCGCUCAUGCGAAUUUUUCUAAGUACCAGAGAUCACACUCUCUUGCUCGCAGGCAAGGCCUACACGACCAAACCAUCGUGUUCGAUGUCGAAGGGGCUUUGCUAAGGUCCUGCUCUUUGUUCCCUUACUUCAUGCUCGUGGCCUUCGAAGCAGGGGGCCUCAUGAGGGCGCUCUUGCUUCUUAUGACAUACCCAUUUUUAGGGUUUUCUGGUGCUGAGCUAGGAUUGGAGGUAAUGGUCCUGGUUUGCUUCUUUGGGUUAAAAAAAGAAAGUUUUAGGGUGGGGAGUGCUGUUUUGCCAAAGUUCUUGCUUAAGGAUGUGGGUUUGGAAGGGUUUGAGAUGGUGAAGAAGAGCGGAGGGAAGAGAGUGGGAGUGAGUGGGCUUCCACAAGUGAUGGUUGAGAGCUUCUUGAGGGAUUAUAUGGAGGUUGACAUGGUGGUUGGGAGGGAGCUUAAGGUGGUGUGUGGGUAUUAUGUGGGGCUUAUGGAGAGGAAGAGGCGGAGUGUGGUUGAUGAGUUGGAGGAGAUGCUUGGGAAGGAGACAUCUUCACAAUGUGGUCUCAUUGGCAUUAGCAGCUACAAGAAGUCCCUCCAACAUGAUCCUUUGUUCUCAAGAUGCAAGGAACUAUACCUAGUGAGCAAAUCAGACAAGAGAAGCUGGCAUCACCUCCCAAGAGAAAACUACCCAAAGCCACUCAUCUUCCAUGAUGGAAGAUUAGCCCUAAAACCCACCCCAAUCUCAGCCCUAGCCAUCUUCAUGUGGCUCCCGUUUGGCCUCUGCCUUUCCCUCUUGAGAGCCAUCAUUGGCAUAUUCCUACCGUUCACUCUCUCCAUCGCGCUCCUAGCCUUCUCUGGUCUCCACUUCACUGUAUCACUCCCCACAACCCUAGACAACACCAACACCAACAACAACAACAUUGACAACUAUCAAACUAAACCUAAAAGGACCAAAGGCCUUCUCUAUGUUUGCAACCACAGGACACUCCUAGACCCUCUCUGCCUCUCAUUCACCCUCAAGAGGAAUUUCACCGCCGUCACCUACAGCCUCAGCCGGGUGUCGGAGAUCUUGUCCCCGAUCAAGACGGUGCGCUUGACACGGAACCGGGACAAAGACGCGGCAACGAUGGGGGAGCUUCUUCAACGAGGUGACCUGGUCAUUUGCCCCGAGGGGACAACGUGCCGAGAGCCCUAUCUGCUCCGGUUCAGCCCAUUGUUCUCGGAGAUGAGUGACCAGGUAGUCCCUGUGGCACUCGACGUGCACGUCGGCAUGUUCCACGGCACGACCGCAGGCGGGCUCAAGUGCUUCGAUCCGCUCUUCUUUUUCUUGAACCCAAACCCGAGUUACAGCCUACGGUUGCUUGAGAAGGUGGUGGUUUCUUCUGGGGUUUGGAAUAAUUGUGAUAGUAAUGAAUGUCAUGAGAGUGAGAAGACGACAAGGUUUGAUAAGGCAAAUUAUGUGCAGGAGGUGAUUGGUAAGGCUUUGGGGUUUGAGUGCACAAGGCUCACAAGGAAGGAUAAGUACUUGAUCUUGGCCGGUAAUGAAGGGAUUGCUAGCAAUAGAAAUUGAUAAAAAGAAAAGGCAAAAAAAAAGAAGAAAUUAUAGAUUUUAACGUGUGACCAUUUUAAUGACCCCAUUAUUAUAAGCUUUUCUUCGUUUUUGGUGAUCUGUAAUGUUGGAUUGAUAAUACUUCCAGAUGGGUACUUGGUUAGGUGUUUGCAUAUGACAAAGGAAAAAAAGAUUAGGGUUUUAUGGGAUGUUUUGCCCUUUACAGUAUGAUUUUAUUUUUUUUUCCUUUUGCUUUCUAUUGGAAUUUUC